AUGGAUGAAGAACCCACCCAACCCGCCACGCAACAGGUCAUCGACCCGCGUCGCCUUGGCCGGAGCAUAUCCGGCCUGGGCGACGACGUCGCAGACAUUCUAUGCAUUCUCACGCCGACCUCGCGCGCCGCCUUUCAAAUCGUUGAAAAUACCGCUAAAGAAGCUCCCCAGCACGUUCUGCAGAACCAACCAAUCAAUGGCUAUCAGCCCAACACCCAACCCUUCAGUCAGAGCUUAGAAGAGGCCGAAACCUUCAUCCUUGACCCGCAUGACCUCGCCCUGAGGUUUUCGUCCUCGUGCAAGCAGCCAUGGCACGGCUUUUGCUUCGGCCGCAAUCCAAGCAUGUGCGACGUCAUCCUACCUGUUAGCCCCGACUCGGCCAAGAAGAUCAGUAACCUCCAUUUCAUGAUCUACGUCAACAAGCACGGCGUCCUCAUGUUGGAAGACGCAUCCAUGAACGGAACCUUGGUCGACGACGUCCACCUCAAGGCCAGGACAAAGGAUCCUCUGCACCAAAGGACGAAGAUGCUGCAACCAGGCUCCAUGAUCACACUGCUUUCAACCACAGACGAUGAGAUGAUCAAGUUCAUCGUCCGAAUCCCGGACCAUACUGGGUUCGAGGACGAGUAUGCGGAGAACCUCAACAACUACAUGGCUAAUGUUGAGGAACAGAGGCUGGCAAAGGGAAAGCCAGCGCGUGCGCAGAAUGAAGGCCUGAUCUCCCGACGGCCUGCGGUCAAAGCUGUCAACACUUUUGGCAUGCACUGGAACGGCGGUCGCAUCUACAACGUCAUAGACAUUCUUGGUAAAGGAGCCUUCGCCACAGUCUACAAGAUUGCAAAGGCAAUGGACGGCCAGCUUCUAGCAGCAAAGGAGCUCGAGAAGAAGCGCUUCAUGAAAAACGGCCAUCUCGAUCAAAAGCUCGACAACGAGAUGAAGAUCAUGCAGUCGCUUGUUCAUCCCCACAUCGUCCAGUACAUCGACACGCAUGACGUUGGACACCACCUCUACAUCAUAAUGGAAUACGUACCCUACGGAAAUCUCUCAGACCUGCUCACCGGGGGCAGAUGCCUGCCCGAGGGCAUCGUCCAAAGAAUGGCUUGUCAAAUCUUCAGCUGCCUGGCCUACCUUCACAGCAAGAGGAUCACGCAUCGCGACAUCAAACCUGACAACAUUCUCAUCGCCUCAGAAUCGCCUUUCGACGUCAAGCUUUCUGAUUUCGGCUUAUCCAAGGUAGUCACGAACAACGAGACCUUCCUCAAGACUUUCUGCGGUACGCUGCUCUACUGCGCGCCCGAGGUCUUCCCGCACUACGACAGCCGUGGCAACAAGAAGCGUCGCAAACCGGGUGAGACAAAGAAGAGGUUCCAUUCCUACAGCCAGUCGGUCGACAUCUGGUCUUUUGGAGCCGUACUUUGGAGCUCUCUCUGCGGAAGCCCGCCCUUCGAGGGUGUCAUGGACAACACUGGCCGCGCCAUGUUCGACAGAAUCAUGGAGACUCCUCUGGAUCCUACGCCUCUGCUGGACCUGGGAGUCUCAGACCAUGCCAUCGAUCUACUGACGACAAUGCUCAGGACUGAUCCCGCACAGAGACCCACCGAACUGGAAUGCCUCAGACAUCCUUGGCUCGCCGGCCUAGCCAGAGAGAUCGUUCCAGAGAUCGUCCAGUCCGAUCUCAAUGCUAUCCCCGAAGAGGACGAGGAAGACGACGAAGUCGCGGCAAAAGCAGCCGAAACUCAGCUUUCGGAGCUCAGUCUCAACGACAGGAAGGCAGGUUGGGGACUACCUAGCCAAUGCAGCGACGACGAGGAUGAGGAAUACGGCGAAGAGCCCGAGCCCGAGCCAAUCAACCCACAUCAGUCCAAGCGCCCUCGCGUCCGCCGAGACCACCAGCCCUCAAGGUAUCCGCUGCGCAACUUGUCACGUAUUGAAUCAAGCCCUGAAGAAUCCCAGAACCCCGUGGUAAGGACGUCUAUCGGCAUCAACUCGUCCAUGGCUUCUCGACUAGCCGCUCGUGGUCGUGGCCAGCUUUUUGGUGAGUUUGGCAAGAGUACGGUGGGCAAACCUCGAACGCUGGACGAUGAGACGAACCCCGCGAUGGCCGUGGACGAUGAUGAUUCGAGCGAAGGCGAGACUCCCGACAAGAGCCCCAAGGCCAACCAGUCCAUUAAAAGACGUAGUAAGACCCCGGUUGAAAGCCAAGGCACCCCACGCAAAGACCCUCGUGGCAACAAAUCUGCUGCUAGUCUUGAUGGUGCUGAAUCCAUGGUCAAGAAAUUGACAGUCCAUGACCAAUUCGAACCGCAUACCCCUCACACACCUACUGGCAGUGUUCCAGGGACGCCGUCUCCGUCUGAGAUCCCCAAGAAUAGGCUUAACGAUUCGACUACUUACGGUUCGCAAGAACAGACACCUAGACCAACAACAAACACCAAGUUCACUAGGGAGAUAAAACUAUCCCCACCGGGGUCGUUGUACUACGACCCGUACGACCCUUCUACCCACAACUUGGAAUAUGCGGCAAUGAUCAGCGGUAAAGACUUCGUCUCUGGCCGUAACGGGUCCGUGACUUCUCUCCCGUCAACCCAUUUCCCAUCGGACGCAAGCGAACAAGACGCAGAUGAAGACGACAAGGAUGAUGUCGAAGGUGGGAUGGGUGGAGCUGUUCACUCACCGCCGGCCGCAGAUCCAAGCUUUCGUAAACCAUCCACUCCCCUUGGAAAGCUGACGACUACGGACGACUCGAUCGAGAAGGUGUUUAUCAGACUCGACAAGCGGGUGGAAAGCUGGGGUCGCGAUCCUGACAAUACGCAUCACUUUGAAGACAACAACAGGCUCAUUCCAAGGAACGCCUUCACCAUCUGGUUCUACUCACCGGACAUCAACAUGGACGCUUUGCUAAGGGAGGGCGAGGACUGGACAAAGAUACCAGACCUCAAAGUGGCCAUCCACACCAACUCGAGGUGGGGCAUCACUGUCAACAACGCACGCAUCGACCCUCCUAAGCCGGAUGGCAGCUACUCUUUCGGCCACCUUCACACGGGCGACGUCAUCACAGUCUUUGACUCGGGCAGGACGAAACUCAAGUUUGUCUGCGAGUUUUCGGUUGGCGAGGCGGCCAAGCGUCGUCCUGAGGGAUCGAACUUCCCGGUUUUUCACACUCUGCCUAAGAUGUACUGGGCAUGA